CCGCCGAAGGACUUUGGCUCUGCCCCCGCGCUCACUGAAGGUCUGCCGCGGCCCUCCUCGGGCGGCGCCGUGUGCCCAACAGCUCCUGCCCCACGCGCCCCCAGGGGAAGCGCUGGCGGGUGCGGCGGGGGCUCCCUUCGAACCAAACAGCGCCCAUCACGAUGGCGCGGCUCUCGGCCGUCGGCGGCGCGGUCGCCUUUCUGGUGGCGCUCCUGCCGCUGUCGCGGGCAAGUUCAGGUUCGACGCCCGCGUCCGGCGUGCAGAAGGUCAUCAAGAUGCUUACAAAUAUGAAGACAAAGGGGCAGCAAGAGAUGAACGACGAGCAGGUGGCGUACAGCAAGUUCAAGACGUGGUGUUCGGAGGAGUCCGCGUCGCUGGGGAAGCAGGUGGCGCAGAACGGGCUGGACUGCGGCGGCGGCUGCGCCUCCCCGAAGGGAGGGGAGAUGGGAGGGGGGCCGACCGAGGUUUCGCAGCUGGGCGCAGACAUCACCAGGUUCCAGGCGGAGAUGAAGAAGGAGACCGCCCAGCGGGAGAUCGACCAUAAGAAUUUCUUGGACGAGCAGCAGGACUACAGCGAGAGCGUGGACGCGCUGGACCGCGCCAUCGCGACGCUAAGAGCGCAGGAUUACGACCGCACUGGGAAGGCUCUCAUCCAGCUGUCCAACGCCUUGAACGAGAAGGAGCGCAUCCCGGUCAAGGUGAAGUCCAUCGUCUCUGCCUUUCUCGGCAUGAUCACCGCCGGCAAGGGGGGCGUUGGCGGAAGCCAGAGCCCGGUGGAUUAUCAGGCCCCCGAGGCCAACGCGUACGAAUCGCAGCGGCCUCCGCCUGGCGCCGCCAGGGAAGGUCGGCG